GUGUGAUGUCAGAGCGUAGGUGCUCCGUGUGUCCUGCAGAGGGCGGUGGCGGGCUGGCUGCUGGCUGCUGUUCCGGUCACAGACGAAGAAAAAGGCACUUCCGCUGUUCCGUCCUGUCACACAGACGACACUUUCGGCGAGACAGUCAGAAUGGCAGGCCGUCGCGUAGCCCUGAAGGCCGUUGAUUGGGUGGCUUUUGCCGAGCGGGUUCCUCCCAACCAGAGGAGCAUGUUCAAUGCACUGAAGACUCGCACCGAUGCCAUCGCUGCCAAACUAAACUCUCUGCCGGAGACUCCUGCAACCAUUGACUGGAGUCUCUACAGGAGCACAGUGGCUAAAGCUGGGAUGGUUGAAGAGUUUGAGAAGAAGUUCAAAGCCCUGCAGAUCCCAGAGCCUGUUGACACACUGACUAGCACCAUCAACGUGCAAGAGGCUGAGGCUAACAAAAGUGCAUCAACCUAUGUGGAAGCAUCGAAGGCCCGCGUGGCUCAGUAUGAGCAAGAGCUGAACAAGUUGAGGAACAUGAUCCCCUUUGAUCAGAUGACCAUUGAAGACCUCAACGAAGUCUUCCCCGAGACCAAGUUGGACAAGGUCAAAUAUCCCUACUGGCCCCACAAGCCCAUUGCUGAUAUGUAACCCCGUUACUAGACUCUCACCUCACAAUAAAUGAUAUGUAUUUUAAAGAGAAA